AUGUCGUUUAUUAAUAUCUUUCAUCUGUUCACCGGUUUAUUUACUCAUAUCAUGAUCUAUGGUUUUAAUAUCAAUUGGUUGAAUAUGUCCGUUGUUUAUUGUAAAUUUCGUCCGUUCUACGUUCAGUUGUGCGCGAUGUCAUCCUCAUCGUGUAUGUGUCUUGCGACAAUCGAUCAGUUUCUAGCGACAUGUUCAUCUCCUCGUUGCCAACGAUUAUGUAACAUAAAACUAGCUCGACAAUUGGUGAUAGGAUUGAUCAUCAUUUGGUUUGGAUGUGGAAUUUCAUUUCUAAUCUAUUAUAAUCAUGUGGGAAGCGAUCCUGUUGUGUGUGACGUAACAAAUAGAGCUUUUAAUAAGUUCAAUAGCGUUUUUUAUGGACCGUUUAUGAUGAGUAUUCUGCCAAUGAUAAUCAUGAUCCUAUUCGCGAUCUUGGCAUAUCGAAAUGUUCAACAAAUUGCUUAUCGAACGGUUCCAUUGGUUCGUCGUGAACUAGAUAAACAAUUAACAACUAUGGUUCUCGUCCAUGUGAUUUAUGCUGCAAUCAGCGUUACGCCUGGUGCUAUUUUCAACUUAUUCAAAACAUUCUAUCCGUUGAUAAUUGAUCAAAACACCACCGAACAAUUGAGAUGUAUUAAGAGUUUAACAACGACAGUGUAUUACUUCAAUCAUAUGGGCUCGCUAUAUAUCUACGUAUGUGUUUCGAAACGGUUUCGUCAACAAUUGCUUUACGUCUUGUCGAAAAUUUGCUUCAAACGAUAUCCACCGGGUAAUCCAAAUCGAAUCAAACCGGAAACAUGA